AUGCAAGAGGGAGAGACACUGAAGGCCUAUUCAGACAGGUACUGGGAAAUGUACAAUGAGAUAGAGGGAAAUUACGAUGACGUCGCCAUUAGCACAUUCAAGAGGGGCCUGCCGACAGAGCAUGGUUUAAGGAAGUCUCUGGAUGGGAAGCCGGUCACUAGUGUGCGCCAACUCAUGGACAGAAUUGACAAGUACAAAAGGGUCAAGGAAGACCAACAAACGGGGAAGGGCAAAGCGAAGGUUGUCCCUCAGGAGAGGAGGGACUUCAGGUCGGACUGCUUUAACAACAGUAAUAGGCCAAGAAGGGAUUACUCGGGGCAGUCUGGAUCCACUGGGGCACAAGCAGUCCAUGCUGUGUUCCAAGAACCAUUACAUAAGAUUCUAGAGAAGGCGAAGAACGAACCAUUCUUCCAAUGGCCAAGCCGGAUGUCAGGUGACCCCUUGAAACGUAACCAGAAUUUGUAUUGCGCAUAUCACCAAGAGCCGGGCCACAACACCGAUGAUUGUAGGAAUCUGAAAAACCUCUUGGACCAGCUUAUCCGAGAGGGGAAGCUGAGACAUCUAUUGCAUCACCCUGCUGGAUGGCAGGAGCAGUCAAACAUGGAAACCAGGCAAAGUACAUUGAGGCCACCCCUUAGCAUAAUAAAUGUAAUUCUCGCUGCACCAAGAAGGACCGGCUCCAAUCCUUUCAGAGUAAUGUCGGUGGGUAGGCUCCCGGCUGAAGCUGGCUACAGGAAAUCCAAGAGGGCUAAAGGGAUGGUGACGCCCUUAAUCGGAUUCUUGGAUGAGGAUAAAUUAGGAACCCUUCAACCCCAUGAUGAUGCCCUGGUCGUCACGCUUAGAAUUGGAGGAUACAAUGUGAAGAGGGUGCUAGUUGACCAAGGCAGCGCCGUGGAAGUAAUGUAUCCUGACUUGUAUAAGGGAUUGAAGUUGAAGCCAGAAGACCUGACGGCAUACGACUCCCCUUUGGACGCCUACGAGGCCCCUGGGGUUGACCCAAAUUUCAUUUGCCAUCAUCUUCAUGUUAGCUCGACCAUAACGCCUAAGAAGCAGCCUCCUCAGCGACCGUUGAAAGAGCAUGCAGACGCCGUGAGAGAGGAGGUCACAAAAUUGAAGAAAGCAGGAGCUAUCAAGGAGGUGUUCUACCCCGAAUAG